GUCUGUGACGUGGGAGGAGGCUCCCCUGAAGGGGGAGUCGCCCGAGGCUCGCUCCGGGCACACAUUGACGGUGGUGGACACAAAGGCUUACCUGCUCGGAGGUACCGGGCGUAAGGAUGGCAAACCUUGCGUCUUUGGUGCGAUGCACACGCUGGACCUGACCAAUUCGGAGCUCCUGGUCUGGUCCGAGGUUGAGGGUGAAAGCCUGCCGCCGCGCUCGAGGCACAGUUGCGUCGUGGUGAAGCACUUCCUCGUCGUCUUCGGAGGUCUGAACCAUCGUGCCAGAUACGACGAUGUGUGGAUUUACGACACGAAGAAGAACGUGUGGCACGAGCUGAAGUGCGGCGGGGGAGCCGAGGACAGGCCCUCCCCCAGGGCGCACCACACCGCGACGAUUGUUGGGAACCAGAUGUUCGUGUUUGGCGGAUACAGCGGCCACGGGAAGUCCUCGAACGAGCUCUUCGUGCUAGACUUUGGCACGUUUUUCGAGGAGAUGGAAACCCCCGAUGACGUAGAUACCCCCAAGCCCGCGACUUGGUCCAAACCCGUGCUGAACGGCAACGGCCCGAGCCCGCGUUUCGAUCACGGCGCUUCCUGGUUCCCAAACAAGUUUGUGGUCCUCGGUGGCCGCGAUAACAUGGCCAUGUUCAACGACACCCACUUCCUCGACCUCGACACGAUGACGUGGGUGGAGGAAGGCACGUCGGCUCCUUCGCCUUACACGAUGGAGAUUUCGAACCAUCAGCUGAGCGCCAUUGAGUCUGUGCCAAAGUAUAAGAUGUUCUGCCUCACUGGAAAGAAAGGCCAGAACGAGUACAUGAACCACGUUGACGUGAUGGACUGCGGCACCUUGGUUUGGAACACACCAAAAGCGAUUGGUAGCCCACCUGUGGUGCGCGAGGACACCGCGAUGGCUUACGACCCUAAGACAUGCAAGGUGAUUCUGUUUGGAGGUUGGAGCAACCGGUGGCUGGGAGACACCUGGACGUUGAACGUUUCGCCCAUCAUUGGUCCGCCCUAUGCUUGCUCCAAGGUUGUUCCAGACAUUGGCCCCGUGUUUGGCGAAUCCGAGAUUGUCAUCCACGGUCUGCAGUUCAAGGAGUCGGACAAGAUCGAAGUGUCCUUCAGCAGUGGCAAGAACGAAAAGAUUGCGCAAGGCAAAUUCGUCGACGAGCAUACUCUCACUUGCCAGACGCCCAACUUUGAAGAUUUCGGCGCACUCGAGGUCAAUUUGCGGGUCAACAUCAACGAUGAAGGCUGGACUGUGAACAAGUUGAAGUUUAGGUACUUUGCCAACACAUCCGCCGCGAACUGCAUCGCGUACGGACCCGGUGUCAACUCGGAUGUCACUGGCGUAUAUGGGGUUGAGAUUCCGUUCUUCAUCUGUGCCAAGGACACCUGCAACUCAAAGCGUACCUCCGGUGACGACGAGUUCAUCGUCGAGGUCACCAACGCUGAUGAUCCCAAGGCACCCCAGGGUUCGGUACGCCUCGUCGACUACGACAACGGCACGCACGAAGUGUUCUACACGGUCCCCACGCCGGGACGCUAUCGCAUCGAUGUAGGCUACGAUGACCUUGGCGAGCCACAGGAGAUUAUCCCCAUCCGCGGUUCCCCCUUCUACAUGAACUUCGGAGACCCUUGGACGUAUCAGCGCACGUCGGGUCCCGCGCCGCUCAAGCGCAAGCACGGUGCGCUCACAUCGGUCGGACCUCAGCAGGUGUGCUUGUAUGGUGGCGACGAGAACGGGGUCAGCGUACUCAGGACGAAGCAAGAUGGGUGGACCUGGGGCACGGCUCCUGUCAAUGGCCAACCCGAGCCGCGCAAGGUCCAGGGUCAAGAUUCGGCCGGUGGCGGUAAGAUGGUCGUUUUCGGCGGUACCACUCUCGGUGCCAAGGGUGAAGAGCUUGGAGACCUGGCCACCUUCACGGCUGACCCGGACGGCGUGUCGGGGUCAUGGAAAAUCAUCGACGGGAUCAAAGGCUACGUGCCUUUGCGCCCACGCCAUGCGAAGGAUUCCGGAUCUUCGGCUGAAGGCUCGCCGCAACAGGGCGAAAUUCGCGAAUCAGAGGCGUCUGCAAAAUCAGAGGUUUUCCUGCCGAUGGAAUCUCCUGCCCCUGCUGAGGAACCCGAGCUCGCCGAUGUAGUUGAAGAAUCCGAGCCUCCAGCGCCUGCUGACGGCGAGCCACCCGCGCCUGCUGACGGCGAGGAGCCACCCGCGCCUGUGGCGAGCGGGGAGCCUGCUGCUGAUGGCGAGGCUGAGCCUCCUGCUGAAGAGGCAACUCCUGCUGAUGGCGAUGCUGAGCCUGCCGCUGAUGGCGACGAGGCGAAAUCCGCCGAUGGCGAUGGAGCUGCUUCCAGCAAAGGUGAAGGUGCCGGAGAUGAAGGAGCAGGGAGUGUCAGCACGCCUGCUCCAAGCACUCCAGUGCGACCGCUUUCACCUGAAGCCGCGGGCGCCACACAGCCAGUUGUGCGCUCAGCUCCCGCCGUUGCCAUGAUGGGUCAGAGCAAGGUUGUGAUCUUUGGCGGUGAAACAGAAGGCGAGGACGGGAAAGUUAGCCUUGAGGACUUCCUCACCGUUGACCUGAACGCCGGUAGACUAAGGUGGAACGAGGUCCCAAUUGAGGGAGACAUGUUUCUUCCGCGCAAGGGUGCUGCAAUUUGCACCGUCGGUGAUGUUGUCUACAUCUUUGGUGGUAUUUACAAGGACGAGGAAGAAGACAAGGAGGUGGUUCUUGACGACUUCGUGAUGCUCAAGCCCGAAGGAGACGUGAUGGUUGCGGAGUUGAUUCCUCUUCAGGGAUCUGGCAUCCCGGAUGCACGUGCGUUUGCCAUGAUGGAAUCUGUCAGCGACUCUUCCCUGAUGCUGUAUGGAGGAGUGAACGAGAACCCCAUCAACGACGCAUUCAUCUUCGAUUGCAACAAGCGCGUUUGGAAGCUGAUGUACCGCGCCGACCCUUCCGUAUGCGAGCCCACUGGCGCUCUGGCGACGGUGCACGCGGGAAAGCUUUUGACCGUUUCGUCCACGGGUGGCAACCGAUUCGACGUCGUGGCGACACUUGAUCCUGACUUGUCGGACAACUUCUCUUUUACUAGCUGCAUGAAGAAUGGUGUGUCCAAACAGCUCGAUAAGUUGGAGAAAUUCUUCAACAUGACAGAGGGUGCAUUUGGCAUGGCCGAUGACUCCGAGAAGUUGAAAGAAUCGUUCGAUGUCCUCAUGAAGGUCAUGGGGGCCUUGUUCGACGCCAGGACGCGCAAAGAAGCCAUCGACCUCGAGCUCGACUGCAUUCAUGAGACCCUGUUCAUGCUCAACAAGGCCAAGAUACCCACGACAGCCAAUGACAAGCGCCUAGAGGAGGCUAGAUUGCAGUGGGAGGCGAUCGCAAAUCUCACUCCUGAAGUCAGGGAGGCUGUCAACCCUGUCCAAGAGGCCCGCUCUGAGGGCAUCAGGAAGAAGAUCAAGGAUGGCACCGACAACGCGGCUGCCUACCGCAAAGAGUUCCUCGAGAGUCCCAUAUUCAAAUAUGAGACUGGUUUCAAGGGUGCCUAUCCGUUGCUCGAUGCGGCUCGUACCAAGCUGGUCGGCCUCGAUGAAAGCGUGAAGGAGCUCACUCACCUAGCCAACAUGUUUGAGUUCCCGGAGGCUGUCGAGGAACUGACUGCGUGUGUAGCUGAGUGCCACGAGGAUCUUCGCAACGCGAAGGAUGUGUGGGACUUCUCUUCUCUCGUGGAGGUGCAGUUCACAAAGUGGCGCGCAAACCUCUGGGACGACAUCAACACCGAGGAGAUGGAAGAUCAGACCAAGGCAUUCCAGAAGGAUUCCAAGACGCUGCCAAAGAAGAUCCGCGACGCCGAUUGCUACAAGGGCCUGGACGAAUCCGUCAAGAACUUCCUCACCUCCGUGCCGCUGGUUGCCGAUCUGCGCUCUCCGGACAUGCGCGACCGACAUUGGUCGUCUCUCAUGAAGGUGACCGGCACGGAGUUCACCAUCGACGAGAACUUCAGCCUCGACAACCUGCUAGCACUGGAGCUGCACAAAUUCGCAGACGAGGUUGGCGAAAUUGUCGAUUGCGCCAACAAGGAGGCCAAGAUGGAGGUGUCCCUCAAGAAGCUCGACCAGGUUUGGGCCAAGGUGGAGUGGGUGCAGAUCAAGCACAAGGAUACCGAUAUCAACACCAUCAAGCUCGGCGAGGAGGACUUCGAGGGGCUCGAGGACAACCAGGUCAUGGUCCAGGGCAUGAUGGCCAACAAGUACAUGAAGACUUUCGAGGAACCCAUUACCGGCUGGAACAAGAAGCUGAUGAUGGUCGCAGACGUGAACAACAUCAUGUCCGAGAUCCAGCGCACGUGGGCCUACCUCGAAUCGCUCUUCAUCUACUCCGACGAGGUCAAGAAAGAGCUCCCCGAGGCGGCGGCUCGAUUCAAGAAGAUCGACUCGGUGAUCAAGAGCAUCCUCAAGGAGGCGUGCGCUACCAAGAACGUCGUCAAUUCUGCCUGCAAGGACGGGCUCUACAAGGAGCUCGAGAAUCAGCAGGGCGAGCUCGAAAAGUGCGAGAAGGCUCUUGCCGACUACAUGGAGUCCAAGCGACGUGCAUUCCCGCGCUUCUACUUCGUGUCCACUGCUGACCUCCUCGAUAUCCUCUCAAACGGAAACAACCCGGUCAAGGUUAUGGUCCACAUGAACAAAUGUUUCCAGGCCAUCGAGAAACUUACCUUGGACACAGAAAACCCCGGAGCGGGCAGGCGUCCAAAGGCGAAGGCUAUUAUAUCCUGCGUCGGCAAGGAGACGAUCCCCUUCAAGAGCGAGAUGGGCCUCGACGGCAAGGUUGAAGAGUACAUGAACCUGAUCAUUGACAAGAUGAGGAGCGAGCUCAAGCUUCACUGCUUCGAUGCGAUGCAGGCGUACAACAACCCGAAGCCUCGACACGAGUGGUGCUUCGACUGGUCCUCUCAGCUUGGUUUGGUGGUUAACCAGAUCUAUUGGUGCUCGGAAGUCGAGGAGGCUUUCGACAAGAUUGCUGCAGGCGACGCCGGUGCCAUGAAAAAGUACAACGAGCAGCAGGUUCAGCAGAUCACUGAUCUCAUUGCCACCACACGUCGCGACCUCGACAAACCAUCUCGACAGAAAAUCAUGAACAUGAUUACGAUUGAUGCCCACUCUCGUGACAUGGUCAUCGGUAUCAUCGAGAAUGGUGAGACCAGCAAGAAGUGCUUCAAGUGGAUGUCACAGCUGCGCACCUACUGGGAUGCGGAUAUUGACGAUUCCGUUAUCAAGAUCUGUGAUGCCUCGUUCCCUUACGGUUACGAGUACCUCGGAAACGGUGGUCGUCUGGUCAUCACGCCGCUUACUGAUCGCAUUUAUAUCACUGCUACGCAGGCGUGCUGGUUGUCCAUGGGCACCGCACCCGCUGGCCCAGCCGGUACCGGCAAGACGGAGACAUCAAAGGAUCUCUCCGCGCAGCUUGGAAAAUCGAUGUACGUGUUCAACUGCUCACCGGAGAUGGACUACCGCACCAUGGGCGAUAUCUUCAAGGGCUUGGCCGCUUCCGGCUCUUGGGGCUGCUUCGAUGAGUUUAACCGACUUGUUCCUGAGGUGCUUUCGGUGUGUUCUGUCCAGUACAAGUGUGUCACGGAUGCGCAGAAGCGCAAGGCUAACAUGCCCGGCCGUGGUCUUGAGUUCGUCGACAAGGAAGGCGUGAAGCACGAUGCGAUCCAGAACUACAAGUUCAUCGCCGCGGAUGGCGUCGAGAUGCCUCUUGAGGAAGGCUGCUCGGGGUUCAUCACCAUGAACCCGGGUUACAUCGGUCGGGCUGAGCUCCCUGAGUCUCUCAAGGCCCUGUUCCGGCCAAUCACCGUGAUGGUGCCGGACCGCCAGCUCAUUAUGGAGAACAUGCUCAUGGCUGAGGGUUUCGUUGAGGCAAAGAUGCUCGCAAAGAAGUUUGCGUCGCUCUACUACCUUCUGGAGGACAUGCUUUCACCGCAGACCCACUACGAUUGGGGUCUCCGUGCCAUCAAGUCCGUGCUCGUCGUUGCCGGCUCUCUCCUCCGUGCGGAGGAAGGUCAGGACGAGUCAGAUGUCCUGUUCCGUGCCCUGCGCGAUUUCAACAUUCCCAAGAUCCUCGCGGCAGAUAUGGUCAUCUUCAUGGGUCUGCUGAACGAUUUGUUCCUCGGCGUCGACCCCCCUCGUAAGCGCGACAUGAAGUUUGAGAAGGUCAUCGAAGAGACCACCGCUGAGAUGGGCCUCACCGUUGAGGAUGAUUUCAUCCUUCGUGUGGUCCAGUUAAGCGAGCUCAUGGCGAUUCGCCACUGUAUCUUCUUGAUGGGUGUGACGGGAGGUGGACGCACCGAGGCGUACCGCGUCCUCGCGAAGGCCAUGCAGAAGGGCGUAAACGUGCCAGAGAAGGAAAUCGUAAACGAUUAUCUCCGCCCGAACAACAAGAAGAAGGUUGUCAUUCGCGACAUCAACCCCAAGUCCAUCUCCACCCAGGAGUUCUACGGUUACGUGAACCUCUCCACCCGUGAGUGGAAGGAUGGCAUGAUGUCAUACUACAUGCGUGAGCUUGCUACCAUCCCCGACGAGGACCCCAAGUGGAUCAUCCUUGACGGUGAUCUCGACGCGAACUGGAUCGAGUCCAUGAACUCCGUGAUGGACGAUAACCGCCUGCUCACGCUGCCCUCAAACGAGCGAAUCCGUCUCUUGCCGCACAUGAAGCUCAUCUUCGAGAUUCGCAACUUGAAGUUUGCGACGCCGGCGACGGCUACUCGCGCUGGUAUUCUUUACAUAUCCGAGAAGGUGCAGUGGAAGAACAUGAUUACCUCCUGGAUGAAGCGGGUUGUCCCUGAUUACGCUGUGAAGGCGAAGUUCAAGGACCCGAACCAGCCUGCGCAAUGGCUCACUGAGCUCGUGGACAAGUAUCUGCCGGACACCAUUUUCGAGAUGAAGAAGUCCUUCCAGCACAUCACGCCCUUGGAGACUAUGAACUUCUGCACUACGUUGGUCAAUAUUCUCGAAGGGAUGCUUAAACCGGAGAAUCUGAACUCAAAGGCUACCCAGGAGGCUUUCGAGACUUACUUCGUGCUUGCCUCAGAGACAUCCUCGUUCACUUAUUUCCUCGACAUGAUGCUUGAGCUACGAGCGCCCAUCAUGUUUGUUGGCCCUGCCGGUACCGGCAAGACUCAGUUGGUAAAGGGCAAGCUUGCUUCGCUGCCGGAGGGCAACAUGAGCCUGAACAUAAACUUCAACUACUUCACCGAUGUCAUCUCAUUCCAGAAGAUCCUUGAGUCCCAGCUGGAGAAGAAGGCGGGUGUCAACUACGGGCCCCCCGGGAACAACAAGCUCAUCUACUUUGUUGAUGAUCUCAACAUGCCAAAGCUGGACCCUUACGACACCGCGAUGCCCAUCUCCCACAUUCGCCAACAUCUCGGCUGGGGACACUGGUUCGAUCGCGCGAAGCUCUCUCCGAAGGUGAUCCACAACACCCAGUACGUGGCGUGCAUGAACCCCACUGCCGGUGCUUUCGUCAUCAACCCGCGCCUGCAGCGCCUGUUCAUGACCUUAGCAGUAGACUUCCCUGGCCAGGAUUCGCUGAUGAAGAUCUACGGCACGUUCCUCAACGGUCACCUGAAGCAUUUCAAUGCGGAUUGCCAGGAGCUUGGCAUGAAACUGAUCCAGGCUUCGCUGGCAAACCACGAGAAGGUUGUGCAGAGCUUCCGCAAGACUGCCAUCAACUUCCACUACGAGUUCACCGUCCGCCACCUCACGAACGUGUUCCAGGGUCUCCUCUUCUCCACCCCUGACAACUUCAACAACGUUGCGAAGCUGUCCAAGCUGUGGUUGCACGAGUCAGAGCGUGUAUACGCCGAUCGUCUCGUCAGCGCCAAGGACCUUGAGACAUACAACAGGAACGUUGUCCAAAUUGCCAACAAAUUUUUCAAGAUCCCAGGCAUCGACGACUUCUAUGCUCGUGAAAAGGCCAAACCUCUCAUCUUCUGCCACUUUGCUGGCGGGGUCGAGGAGAAAAUCUACAAUGACAUCGCGGAGUACUCCAAGCUGCAGAAAAUCCUAGAGGACACGCUCGCAGAAUACAACGAAACUAACGCUGUGAUGGAUCUCGUGUUGUUCGAGGAUGCCAUGAAGCACAUCUGCCGUAUCAGCCGCAUCAUCUCCAACCCCGGUGGCCACGCGCUUCUGGUCGGCGUCGGAGGUUCGGGUAAGCAGUCCCUCUCGAAGCUCGCUGCUCACCUGUGCGGCAUGACGACGUACAUGAUCGUUAUUUCUGGAUCCUACAAUGUCAACUCCCUCAAGGAAGAUCUUCAGAAGAUGUACAAGCGUGCCGGCCUCAAGGGUGAGGGAAUCCUCUUCCUUUUCACAGACUCGCAGAUCACCGAUGAAAAGUUUUUGGUGCUCAUCAACGAUUUAUUAUCGUCGGGUGAGAUUCCUGAUUUGUUCCCAUUGGAGGACAAGGAUGAGAUCAUCAACUCGAUGCGCGGCGAGGUGAAAGCGGCGGGUCUGAACGCAGACAACCGUGACACCUGCUGGGAUUUCUUCAUCCAGAAAACUCGCGAAAACCUGCACAUGGUGUUCACUUGCUCGCCUGUCGGCGAACAAUUCCGCAUCCGCGCGCAGCGCUUCUUGGCUAUGAUCAACUCCACCGUCAUCGACUGGUUCCAGCCUUGGCCGGAACAGGCACUGCUUGGUGUAUCCAAGCGCUUCCUCGGCGAGCUCGAUCUGGGCACCGACGAGAUCGCCAUGGCUGUCAUGGAGUUCAUGCCUUUCAGCUUCAACCUCGUGGGCAAGAUGAGCGAAAAGUUCAAGGAAUCUGAGCGCAGGUACAAUUACACCACGCCCAAGACAUUCCUCGAGCUGAUCAAGCUGUACAAGAACCUCCUUGCUUCCAAGCGCGAAGUGACUGAGGGACAGAUUGACAGGCUUGAGAACGGUCUCGAGAAGCUGAUGAAGACCCAAAAGGAUGUCGACAUCCUCGUCGAACAAGCCAAGAUCAAGGCGGUUGAAGUUGCGGAUAAGGUUGCGUCCUCUGAGACGUUCGCGGCUCAGGUCCAGGUUGAGAAGGACAAGGCGAACGUUGAGAACGAGGCGGCUCAGGUUGAGGCUGAAAAGUGUUCGGUUAUCCAAGAGCAGGUGUUGGCCAAGCAGGUAUCCGUGCAGGCUGAUCUUGAUGCGGCGGAGCCGCUGGUCGAUGCUGCGCUCGCAGCGCUCGAUACCCUCAACAAGAAGGAUCUCGGCGAGGCAAAGUCUCUGAAGAAGCCCCCUGCUGGUGUCGACGACAUCACUGCCGUCGUUGUCAUUCUUCUCCAGAACAACCCGAGGGAUAAGUCAUGGAACGCGGCAACCAAGAUGAUGAACAAUGUUGAGCGAUUCAUGGAGACCCUCAAGGGUUUCAAGGAUCAGAUUGACGCUGGCAAGGUUCCCAAGAAAAAUGUGGACGCGUGCCGCCCGUACCUUGAGCUCCCGCACUUCAACAGGGACACGAUUUACAACAAAUCUCGUGCCGCCGCCGGUUUGUGCGAGUUUGCCAUCAACAUCAUUAAAUACUACGAUGUGAUCACGAUGAUCGAGCCCAAACGUAAAGAGCUUGCCGAUGCGAAUGCUCAGCUCGACGAGGCGAACGCGACUCUCCAGGCGGUGCAGGACAAGGUCGCUGGACUCAACGCCCUUGUUGCCGACCUUGAACGCCAGUUCAACGAGGCUGAGGCGGACAAGAAUGCCGCCAUCAAUGAAAAGGAGAGGCUCGAGAUCAAGCUCGGCCUGGCCACGCGUCUCGUGAAUGCGCUCGCUGCAUCCGGAGAGCAAUGGAAAAACGACGUCGCUCAGCUAAAGAUCGACAACGGUUUGCUUGUGGGAGACUGCCUCUAUGCGGCAUCAUUUGUCACAUACAAUGGACCGUUUACGGCAAAAUUCCGCACGGAGCUGAACACUGCGUUCGAGAAGAGACUGAUGGAGAACAACAUCCCGAUGACCGAGGGAAUCGACGUCCUUAAGGUUCUUGUUGAUCCGGCUACGAUUGCCGGCUGGGUCAGCGAGGGUCUCCCUUCUGACCGCACCUCUGUCGAGAACGGCACCAUCACGUGCAACUCCGAGCGCUGGCCCCUUAUGUGCGACCCGCAGCUUCAGGGUAUCGCCUGGAUCAAGGAGCGUGAAUCCAAGAACAACCUUCAGGUUGUUCGCAUGGGCGCGGCGAAGACUGUCGACAUCAUGGAGAAGGCGAUCGAGGCUGGCCAUUCCGUUCUCAUUGAGAACAUGGGUGAGAGCAUUGACGCAGUGCUCAUGCCAACAGUGACCCGCUCCACGUACAAGAAAGGCCGAGCUCUUUUCGUAAAGAUGGGUGACAAGGAUGUGGAGUAUAACCCUAACUUCAAGUUGUUCCUUCACACCAAGAUGUCCAACCCUCAUUACCCCCCCGAGAUUCAGGCUGAGACGACGCUCAUCAACUUCACGGUGACCCAGGAUGGUCUUGAGGAUCAGCUCCUCGCGCUUGUGGUGAACAAGGAGCGUCCAGAUCUGGAAGAGACCAAGACGGCUCUCAUCAUUCAGAACAACGAGUUCACUAUUAAGCUCAAGGAGUUGGAGGACACGCUCUUGUUCAAGCUCGCGAAUGCUGAGGGCGACCUCACGGAGGAUGUUGAACUCAUUGAGUCCUUGGAGGAGGCUAAGCGUGUCGCAGAUGAGAUUGUUCUCAAGGUGGAGGAGUCCAAGGAGACAGAGGAAAAGAUCAACACCUCGCGUGAGAGGUACCGCGUCGCCGCGGCCCGUGGAGCAUUGCUCUUCUUCAUGUUGAACUCCCUCAACAAGGUUCACGCCUUCUACGCCUUCUCCUUGAACGCAUUUGUGACGGUGUUCUCUCGCGGUAUCGAUCUUGCCCCCGGCGGGAAGAAGCGUGCGGUCAAGUUAUCGUUCCGCACCGUCGCCAAGCGAGUCAUGGGCAAGUUCGACUGGAACAUGGACUUGCUCAAGUCGCUCAUCCCGUCGGUGAAGGGCGGAGAUCCCAGGAAGUCUGAGACGUCUGAGGAGCCGACAGAGGAGGCCAUGGCCAAGCGCCUCAACGCACUCCUCGAGACGACCACGUACACCGUGUAUAACUACACGCGCCGGGGUCUCUUUGACAAGGACAAGCUGAUCGUCUCCACGCUUCUGACAUUCUCCAUCAUGGUCAAAGACGGACUCCUCGAGAGCGAUGAGUACAACGCCCUCCUGAAGGGACUGAAGUCCAUGAGGGGUACGCCUUGCCCUGAUGACCUGGCAGUUUGGAUGACUGAUGCACAGUGGGCGGGACUGUGCGGCGUGGAGGAGAAGCUCGCGGCAUUUAAGGGCAUCGCUCGCGACAUGGAGAAGCGAAACGAGGAAUGGGCGGAGUGGGGCAUGCACGAGCUCGCCGAGACGGAGCCGCUGCCCGGAGAGUGGAACAAGAAGCUCACCGAGUUCCAGAAGCUGCUGCUCAUCCGCGCCGUUCGCCCCGACCGCAUCACCUCCGCCCUUUCGCUCUUCGUCGAAAAGACCAUGGGCUCGGAGUACGUCAACCAGGAGGCGUUCGACGCGCGUAAGAUGUUCGAGGAGUCUGGACCGUCCACGCCGAUUUUCUUUGUCCUGUUCCCUGGUUACUCUCCGUCCAAAGACAUCGAGAAGCUGGCGAAUGAGAUGGGCAAGUCGUCGGAGAAUGGAAAGCUAACCAUCAUUUCAAUGGGACAGGGUCAGGAGCCCGUCGCCGAGGCUGUGCUGGACAAAUACACCCAGGAGGGUGGUUGGGUCUUCUUGGACAACGUCCACCUCAUGCAGGGUUGGAUUCCGUCUCUCGAGCGCAAGUUGGAAAUUGCUGCAGAAUCUGCGCACAGGGAUUUCCGCUGCUUUUUCAGUGCGGAGCCCAUCAACGGCGCACCCUUCGCCAAGAUUGUGCCCGAGUCCAUCCUACAGACGUGCAUCAAGAUAUCCAAUGAGCCUCCCUCGGAUCUGAAGUCCAACAUGCGUCGUGCCCUCGCGCCGUUCAGCCAGGACGUGCUUGAUCGAUCCACCACCGACGAGAAGAAGACGGUUCACACUGCUGUUCUCUUUGCGCUGUGCUUCUACCACUCGCUCCUCCUCGGCCGCAAGAAAUUCGGCGUAGGUAUCGGCAUUGGCCUUGGAUCCGGUCUCGGUUACUGCCGCGGCUACUCCUUCAACAUGGGCGACCUCGUCAACUGCACUGAGGUGUUGUUCAACUACCUCGAGGGCAACGACAACGUCCCCUGGGAGGAUCUCCGGUACAUGUUCGGCGAGGUGUUCUAUGGUGGACACAUCACUGACGCGAUGGACAGGCGACUCUGCAUCUCCUAUCUUGACGUGCUCGUCACCCCGGAUCUUCUUCCGAGUGCGGAUGGCGAGGCCCCGACUAAGCAGCUGGCUCCCGGCCUCAUCGCCCCGAACCCCAUCAGCUAUGAGGAGCUUCAGAACGUGGUGGAGACUAAGCUUCCGCAGGAGACCCCGUCCAUCUACGGUCUGCACUUCAACGCGCAGCUUUCGCUCCUUACAUCCGAGGGAGAGAUUCUGUUCAAGACCAUCGACGACGUGCAGGGUGGCGGCGGCGGCGGCGGCGGCGGCGCAGUUGACAUGGAUUCCAUCGUUCGUAGCGGAGUCAACAACAUGUACGACUUCUGCCCUGAGCCCUUCAACCUCAUCGACAUUGAGAGCCGCAUCGUCGAUAAGAAUCCUUACGUCGUGUGCGCGCUGCAGGAGGCGACCCGCAUGACUGACCUUCUCAACUUCAUCAAGCGCUCGCUGGAGGAGCUGACUCUCGGUCUUGACGGUGCGCUGAACAUGUCUCCGGCGAUGGAGGAGGUUCAGAAUGGCAUCUUCCGAAACAGCGUACCGCCGAGCUGGAUGAAGCAGAUGUCCAGCCGCAUUCAGGAAGUGUACUCCUUGUCUCGAUGGUUCAAGGACGUGCAGGAGCGUCACGCGCAGCUGGACAAGUGGACGGCGCGCUCAGUUGAGCAUCCCAAGACUGUUUGGCUGCCCGGCCUUUUCAACGCCAAGGCGUUCAUCACCGCCGUCCAGCAGGUGUACGCCCGCGCAAAUCAGCUGCCACUCGACGUCAUGAAGUUCCGCACCGAAGUGACUAGGAUGCAACCGGGCGACAUCGAGGAGUACUCUGACGAGGGCACGUACAUCCACGGCCUGACCAUGGAGGGCGCUCGCUGGGACCAGGACCUCGGCAUGGUGAUGGACUCCAAACCCAAGGAGCUCCGUUGCCUGCUCCCGGUGAUCAAGGUUAUCCCGGUCACUGCGGACAAGUACGACACGAAUGGAUACUACAUGUGCCCUGUGUACAUGAACAUGCAGCGCGCCAACGUGUACUCCGCGCAGGUGUCCACAUUCACGCUGAAGCAUCCCGAGGAUCAGCCUCCGGUGAAGUGGACGCUCGCGUCUGUGGCGCUGCUCAUGCAGGAUGAGCUCGCGUAAGCGAGACAGCCUGCUUUGUUACAUAUUGAUCAAACAAGACGUAAAUCCUUUCAUCACAGGUUGUCGAACAAGACCUAGCCGGGUUCCUCGGCAGGUUGGUAGACUCUAGCAGGACCAAAUUUUCAUAGACCAAAUUUUCAUUUCUCUG